AUGUUCGUACUGAGCCCGAAACAGGAAGUGCUGGUUCAACAAGCUAAACUAGCCAGCUAGUUCUAGUCAGGUAGGUUAGCUUGGCAUUUAACUCACUAGUGAAAAUGGGGCUGUUCGGCAAAUCAGCAGAGAAAGCACCAAAGGAACUGGUCAAUGAGUGGUCUCAAAAAAUCAGGAAGGAAAUGAGAAUGAUUGACAGACAAAUUCGAGAUAUUCAAAGGGAAGAAGAAAAAGUUAAAAGAUCUAUCAAAGACGCUGCCAAAAGAGGGCAAAAGGAUGUGUGUGUUGUUCUUGCAAAGGAGAUGAUUCAGUCAAAACGAGCUGUCACCAAACUUUACGCCUCCAAAGCCCACAUGAACUCUGUGCAACUCAGCAUGAAGAAUCAGCUUGCUGUACUGCGUGUAGCUGGGUCCCUGCAGAAGAGCACAGAGGUGAUGAAGGCGAUGCAGAACCUAGUGAAAAUCCCAGAGAUCCAAGCCACAAUGAGGGACCUAUCAAAGGAGAUGAUGAAGGCUGGCAUCAUUGAGGAAAUGUUGGAAGACACAUUUGAGAGCAUGGAAGAUGGAGAAGACAUGGAGGAAGCGGCAGAGGAGGAAGUUGACAAGAUCCUCUUUGAGAUCACAGCAGGUGCCCUUGGCAAAGCGCCAAGCAAAGUCACAGACGCCCUGCCUGAAAUCCAGCCCGCUGCAGCUGCUGCAGUGUCAGAGGAUGAAUCAGAGGAGGACAUUGAAGAGAUGCAGUCCAGAUUGGCCGCUCUGAGGAGCUAAGAUGAUCUGCCACUGUCCUAUCGAAGUCAGUCUGCUCACUCCAACAAGGACAGAGACAAUGCUGGUGCUGGAUCGACAGUGCUGCGCAUCCUCGCCGCUUCAUGUUAUAAUUAUUAUAACACAUAAUCAUUUGAGGUUAACUUUGUGCUACAACAGUUAAUGUCUUUAAAAAGUUUUUUUUAUAGAACUCAGCCAGAAAAAAAGGUGUUUUUGCUUUUUGUCUUUUAUUAUCAGGGGUAACCCUAGGUAAGUCUUUAUUAUCCAAAGUCAAACAGAAGGUUUAAGAAAGUGUACAUAAUGUAAGUAUGAAAAGCCUGCUGUGCCUACAGUGCUUCAUCAAAUUCUUCUGUCCUAAGUUAUGGACUGAUGGUGGAGGCACUCGGCUAUUUAUGAUCCAAACAAGUGAUUAAAUAACCACCCUGCUCUUAAAUCACACCCUAGAUUCAGCAGUUGUUCUAAUCUGCUCAGAUACAUUUUGUAAGCGACAGCUGUUCUGUUUACUGUACCUAGCCUACAUUAUCCAAAACACUAGAGAUGGUGGGGGGAUUUCUCCUUUUGAUAGUUCAUUUUCUGUACAGUCAAAAUGUAUCUAUUCUAUAUGUGGUCAUGUAUGUUCAGUGCACGCAUACUACGCUAACCCAUUUUUGGCAUUAACAUUCAACUCGUUAAAUGUUUGACUUUGUAUCAAGAUUGAGUUUCUUCUCAGCAGGAAGAUGCAGAGGAAAUGGAAAGGUUGGUUAGUGCAGAACCUGUGUAUUGUGGAAGUAUUGUGUGUAUAAUUUUUCUAUGUGAAUGGGGGAAAAAUCUGAAAGUAAACUUUUAAGAUCAAA